AUGGAGCCGCUCAAAAUCCAAGUCAACGGGGAGUCGAGAAUCACCCGUCUUGCUGAACAAGGUGUUCUCCGACUCACGGUGGAAUCAGAGGGUUCAGAUCUCGAGACCGUAUCCAAGAAUGUCAUUUCGAGGUCGAACGAACUCAGCGAGCUCUUCAAGACACUCUCUCCCAAAACCAAUGACGGCACUGCCACCGCAGACGCAGCGGUAACCAAAUUCGCCUCUACAUUCCUCCGCACAAGGAACUAUAUACCCUACGACAAAGAUAACAAGCCUUUGCCCAAGGUUUAUCAGGCCUCCAUGUCCUUGAGCGUGGUAUUCCGCGAUAUCACCAAGCUAAGCCAGGUAAUUGGCCAGCUUGUGACGUACUCUAAUGUCGAAAUCAGCGCCAUCGACUGGAGUUUGAGCGACGCUACCAAGAAAGCCCUGCGCUCGCAGAUGCGCAAGGAGGCUAUUCGAGACGCUGUCAAUAAAGCCAAUGACUAUGCUGGAGAGGUUGGGAGGGAAGUUUAUCCGGUGGAAAUCAUGGACGGCGGGCAGAGUACUAUCGCGCAGCAUGCGCCAGCAGGAAGAUCUCUUUUUGGUGCUCCCUUUGGUGCUCCCUCUGGUGCUCCCGUUGCGUUUGGAAGUGCGAAGGGGGAGGCCUAUUUGGUGGUGGAUUUGGUAGUGGUGCUCCUCCUAAUCCACCAGAGCUGUCCGAGACACUUGAUCUUAGUCCUCCGGAUAUUCACGUGA